ACAAGGAAACCCUUUCAACACGCAAAAAAAAGUUAACGAUUUUUUUACACCAAUCGACUCUCCGCGCUGCCCUGAUGAUCCAAAAAAAUUAUUUUCGGCCGAUCUUAAACGGCCGCUUCGGUAGAGCGGCCGAAAGUUGGCGUUUUUCAACUUAUGCAGGCCCGCUUCACUUGCUGUGGAGCUCGACGCUUUGCAAUCUUUUCUCGCAGCGAGCACGCACCGACCAGUUCGGCAAGCACACCGCCGGCGGCUCGCUCGCCACUCCACUGCGGUGCAUACUUGCUGCGCUCUGCACUAAUCGGCUAUUAAAAAAUAUUUCCAACAUUCUAAUAUAGUUUUAUUUCAUGUGUUAAUAAAAUGAAAAAAUCUCAACUUGAAAAUUUUAAACAAAUUCGAAAAUAAUAAUAAUCUUCUUAUGCAAUGUUUAAUAUUUUGUUUCCAAAUAAAAAAUUACAUAUGCUAUGGAUUGCUUUGUUAUUGAAUAAUUAUAUAAUAAAUAUAUAUUUUUGCUGUUGCUAAUCUCACUAGGUUAGCGGGUCGAAUGAAAAAAAAUUAUCAAAAUAAAAAUGUGUAGACUGUGCGCUGGGUUCAUUCCAGGUGAGGAAUGGAAGAUAUUUGGAGUAAUUUCAUUCAUCGUUUAUUACAAUUUAAAGUAUGCAAAAAAUUUCUUUCAAUUGAGGGAGCAAAAAUUGCAUUGUUAUUCGACUGCAGGCAUCAGUGUGCAUAUGAAACCUGCACCAUGAACUUCGUUUGUGUAAACUCUGUACUUGCAGAGCUUUUAUUGAUUUGCAAAUUUGAUUCAUCGGAUAAAGGUGUGCCUAACGAUCGCGAAAUCAGUCUAGCCGUUCUGCUAUCAGAACUACUUUUGCAAGCAUCCAUCCUGGAAACGGAUAAAUUCUUCCAAUACCUUUGUAUUUUGAAUGGCGUGAAAGAUUUUUCGUCUCACAAUCAACAUCAAGAGCUCCAUGAGAAUUACGAGCCGCCUGGAAAUGAAUGUGCGACAGUUGCGGUUACUCACAACCAGAAAACUUUCCACUUCGAGCGCAAUGAACGCAAUUUCAGGAGACAGCUGUUCCCUUCUUCUUUUGAUGAAAAUUAUUUUGAAUGCAGGCUCUCACCAGAACCAACAAACAAAGAAGCUGAAGUGACGUUGCAAGAGGGUGAAGAGACCAGCAUGGAAGAUGAGAAAUUCCAAAAUAAUGUUGAUACGUCUGCUGCCAACUCUGAAGGCACGAUCUUACAAGAAUUGGCAAAUAAAGAAAAUGAAAUGACCUUGAAAGAAAAUGAAGAGACCAACAUAGAAGAAUUGCAAUUGGAAAAUGCAAGGACAUCUGCAGAAGAUUCCAAUUGUAGCAACAAAGUAGUGACAUCAACAGGCUUGGCUGAAAUUGAGAAUAUAAGGAAGAAAAGGACGGUUUUUACAAGAGCAGUCGCACAUGAAGUUGACAUUCAUGACCAAAAUGCCUCAAACUGUCUUGACGAAGAGUCAAUUGAGUCUGAUGCUUUGACAGACGUUGAGAGCGAUUGCGAUGAAUGUGAGCUUGAUUUUUUGAUUGGUGUCGAGGAGAGCGACUUGCCAAAACAGCAACCUCAACGGCACGUCCUAAGCUAUUCCUUAAAAAAGGAAAUUGUUGCUCAUUGGCAGUAUGAGGAUAAGUGUGCUGAAGAGAAAUAUGGACCAAGGCGUGGAACAACUCGAAAAUUGUCAUCCAUGCAAAAAAAGUAUCCCAAUGCAAAACUAUGUAUUAGAAAAUUGUACCAAUGGCGCACUGAUAUCAAUGAGGGAGUAAUGUUGAAAUCUCAUAUAAAAGACAUUGAAUCAGACGUCUACGCCAAAUUUCUCGAGUUUCGAGGAGAUUUGAAAAUCAUCAAAGGCAGACAUUUAAGGCAGUGGGCAAUUGAAUCUGCCACUUUGAAACAUGGCUUAUCCACGAAAGACUUUUGUGCCUCACCAACUUGGUUAGAGAACUUUAAACGCCGUUUUAAAGUUGGAGGAAGAAAAAUCAACAAAUAUGUGACGAGAAAAUCAGUCAGGGAAAAAGAUGAUAUUCUGAAAAGCGCAACAGAUUUUGUUGAAAAUGAAAAAGGCGAGGUCAUUCGGGUAGGAAGGGCUUGUUUCGGCAAUCUAGACCAUGUCGGGAUCAAUAGGGAGAUGCACUCUGCGCGCACUUUAGCAAUAAUAGGCGAACGAACGAUUGAAAAGUGUAUUCAAAGCUCAAAUAGUAUGACUCACUCUUGGACGCUUGUUCCUGCUUGUGAUGCAAGUGGUCGGCUAUGGGAACCAGCUUAUUUAAUUUUGAAAGAAGACGGUGGUAAAUUCGGAGUAAGAGUGCAAGAAACUGUCCUUCGGCCCGAAAAUUUGUUUGUAACUUGCUCAUCAAGUGGUAAAAUGUUGGGGUCACAAGUGGAGGAACUUUUUACAAAUUGCAUUUUCCCAAAUGUGAAGGGGAAAACUGCGCGAUUUUUGAUUGACCACUGGUGUGGCUGGAAAAAGAAGGUAAACGAACUAUGCAAAAUAGCAAAAGAAAAGUUUGGGCUAAAUGUGACAAUAGGACUCAUUCCAGAAGGCACUACUGGAAAAAUCCAACCUUUGGAUGUUAAUGUUAAUGGUCCGUUUAAAAAGCUUCUACGUACUAUUGAGGAUGAAAUACUUAUGCAUAGUAUUCCCUUUCCCAUCCAAACCCGAAAUAACGGCAUAAAGUUGAUUUCGUUCACGUAUCACCAGCUUUGCUCACCCCGAUUCGAGUCGAUGAUAACCUAUGCAUUUUUUAAGCCUGGCUACAUAAGUGAAAGAGGCCCAAAAUACUUGACCCCAGUUCAGUACUGCUUCGCACUUUCAACCAAAACCACGUGCGAAAUUCCUUUGUGCCAAAGUAAAAAGUUCAUUGUGUGCGCUUGGUGCACUUCAAACUUGUGUUUUCAGCAUUCCAUAGAAUGCCUUCACAUGUGUGACAAUUAUUUGCCGUGA